AUGUCGAACGACAAGUUCAAAUAUCGUGUUGAAAUCCAGCAAGUACUGUGCCCCCUCCACUCUGGUGCGCUGUACGUGGUAUUUUUCAAGGCUAACGGGCGUAGAUGAUGUUCGUUUCGGGUGAAACCGGCGAACCGUCUGCAGAAACCACAGGAAUCAUCGAGGAGAUUGUGCGGGGUCAGGUUAUCGAGAUGGUAUCAUUUUUAAAGUCUACAUUGCGGCUCGGGACCCUGACUUGCUACAGCUGCAACAAUGCACUAAUCUUGCGUCACGUCGCGGGUCCCGCUCCAUUUCGACCGACGACCUCAUCUUCCUCAUACGUCACGACAAAGCAAAGGUCUCUCGCCUGCGAACUUAUUUAUCCUGGAAAGAUGUUAGGAAAACCGCUAAAGAUAACGAUCCAUCUGGGGGAGCUGGCGCCCCGGAUCCCGCCGACCUUCUCGACGACGCGGCUGCAGGUAUUGCGGGUGGGGCCGGGCCGGUUCAGAUGAGGCAGAAGAAGGCAAAGAUCGGACUUCCAUGGGAGGUGGCUAGUUUUUUCUCGGAGCAAGUCCCUGAACGCGAGGAAGAUGAAGACGAAGACGAGGUAGAAGCCAACGCGGCCACACUGCAGCGCCUCAAGAAUGCAGAUGAACGGACGAGAGGUAUGACUAGGGAUGAAUACGUGCAUUGGUCCGAAUGCCGCCAGGCUUCCUUCACAUUUCGCAAAGGGAAGAGAUUUCGGGAGUGGGCUGGGUUUGGAACUGUCACAGAUGCGAAACCCAACGAUGAUAUUGUCGACAUUCUGGGCUUCCUGACCUUCGAGAUUGUGCAGACCCUUACAGAGGAAGCUUUGAAGGUAAAGGAAUUAGAGGACCAUGUUUUAAUGGAGAGCCGAGAGAAGAGCAAAAAGAGGAAGCGGGAAAAGUUCUUGUUUCAUGCUGAGGAGGGAAGGACGCCUAUUGAACCACGGCAUGUUGAAGAGGCUUUCCGGAGAUUACAAGUCCCAAAGCCCAAAUCCCGGGCCAUGAGGAACUUCUCGGGCGGAGUAGUCAAGUCAAAAUUGACUUUGGUAUAG